CUCUUGAUAUAAAAAUAUAUUACAUUUAUAUACAUUUUUUUCUCUUCACAUGAAAUUAUAUGGAAUUUAUAUUUUUACAUUAACCCUCUUCACUAUUUCGGCUUUUUGGGUUUAGUUUUUGUGCAUUGGAGAAUCACAACCUUGAACCAUUUACAGCGAAGGAGAAGAAGGAUCUCUCUGUAGGUUUUCCCUCGCUGGCACUGCUCAUCGCCAUGUCUCAGGUUGAUAACAGAAAUUCUUCAGCUGCUAAGCGUGCUAGGACUGAUGGUAGUCGUAGGGAAGAUGAUUGGACAUGCCCCAGCUGUGGCAAUGUCAAUUUCUCUUUCAGGACAACUUGCAAUAUGCGUAAUUGCACUCAACCAAGGCCAGCUGAUCAUAAUUCGAAAUCUGCUGCCAAGCCUCUACAAACUCCACAGGGUUAUUCAUCCUCAGCUCCUUAUUUAGGUUCUAAUACACCCUCUUCAAUAUAUCUUGGUGUCCCACCUUAUGGGUCUUCUCUAUUCAAUGGAGCAUCAAUUCCUCCAUAUGAUGUUCCAUUUUCUGGAGGAUCAGCAUAUCACUACAAUUAUGGAAGUCGCCUUUCUGCUGGCAGUCCUUAUAGACCAUUGCAUUUACCUGGACCAACACCCUACCCAAGUGGAUCCAUGAUGGGAAAUGGUGGGAUUUAUGCGAUGCCCCAGCUGUUGGAUCGGUAUGGCCUGGGUAUGCCUAUUGGACCUGGAACAAUGCAGGGAGCUAGGCCAGGAUUUUUUCGUGAUGAGAAGUCUCAGAAAAAGGGCGCAGAUGCAACUCGAGACAAUGACUGGACAUGUCCAAAAUGUGGCAACGUCAACUUCUCAUUCAGAACUGUGUGCAACAUGAGAAAAUGCAACACACCCAAGCCUGGAUCCCAGGCCUCAAAAUCUGACAAAAACUCAAAGCAAAAGAUGCCUGAGGGAAGCUGGAAGUGCGAAAAAUGUAAUAACAUAAACUAUCCUUUCAGAAUCAAGUGCAACAGACAGAAUUGUGGUGCUGACAAGCCAGCUGAGUCAGAAAAAUCUCCUUCACCAGCUCCAGAUCAAAAUGAUCAGUGAGUACUAGGACAUGUUUGAGGGUUGAGAAGGUCCAGAGUUGUCAUCCAGCAUUGCUCAAUUUGGGUGUCUGACAGUCAGUCUUGUCGUCCUCUAUGUCGCAGCAGUUGUCAAGUCACUCACCUUCUCUUUAUCUGUGUCAAGUUGUUGUAUUAACUGAGAUGGUAUUUUGGUCUUUCUGGAUUGUUAUGAUGCAUGUGUCAGCCAGCUUUCCUGGCAGAAAGGUUAUUGCAGGUUCCAGUUUUAAGUUUUCUGUUGGUUCUUAACUGUCUGUGUUUAAGUGUAACUUUAGAUGAAUAGAUGCCUCAAAAGCAUGUGGAGAUUCCAAGUUUUUAGAUUCUUAAGGGUCACAUUAUAGUUUUGGGUAGUUGAAAAAGUGUCUUCUUGCUAUCCUACCACUUUUAGGAUGUAUGCAUCAGCAUUGCAGAGGCCAUUUUUUUCGUGGCAUUGAAUUGAUGGACAGUAGAUUAUUUUUUAGUUGAUCCUAGGCUUUUUCUAGGGUCAUUUAAUUUAAGCACCCUCACUGAGGAUUAGGUUUUUGGGAGUCCUUCAUCUGGUCUUUACUCGGAAUGCUACCCUUUAUGAAGUUUCUGCUGUCUUGCACUUAUUUUUUUAUUUUCCUGCAUGUCUGCCUUUGACAAAUCACUAUCAAGAUAGUUUGGUAGAAAUUUUCGUUUAGUUUGAAAUUUAAAUGAGGAUGUCAAGUGGGUUGUUAGUCCUGUCAAUCACAUAUUAAGUCAAUAGGCAAUGUAGUCGUAUGAAUUAUUCUCUACUCAGUAACUAUUAUAGGUUUUGAAGAUGUGUACAAAUUGGUCUCCUAUGGAACUCGUAUCACGUUAGUCAUUCUUGUAUUUCAAUUUAGUCCCUAAGGACUAAUUUGAUACAGGUUUUGUAAAUUUAACGAUUAACUCGUAUACCUUAAUAAAUUCAAGGACUAAACUGAAAGAUAGUUUCAGGGAUUUGCAUGUUUAUUCUUUUUAAGUAUUCAUUGGAGUUCUUCUGUAUACGAUUUUGGACCUAGUCUAAGCAGAGGACGGUUGGGUAGAAAUGAAGUAAAUCGGAAUUGUAUUCCAAAGAAGCCAUCCAUGGCAUAAAGCACUUUGUUCUAGGAGGACGCAUUUGAAAGAAACGGAUGAAGAAGGUAGAAUUUCUUGAUGAACGAAAUGGUAGAAAUCUUGUAGAGGGUUCCUCGUGAUUGGUCUCGUUACGUAAUCAGCAUUUUAUAUGGAAAAAUAAGUUUAAAUUUGAUUUU